CCGGGCAGAGCCCAUCCAUCCAUCCAUCCAUCCAUCCAUCCUGCUCCCCGCCCGGCAGCACCGGCCACGGGGCUGGGGGAGAGGGGAGCCCCGAGCAGCCGCUGACACUGCGGGGAUAGCGCUGGACACCGCGGGGCCGGAGCGCCCCCCGCCCGCCCUGCCCACCCAGCCCCGCGGAGGGAUGGGGAGGAGACCCGGGCCGGGCACCCUCGGGGGCAGCGCCCAGCCCGGCUCCCGCCGCUGAGCGCCGCAACCGAACCGAACCGAACAGGGCGGAACCGAACCGAGCCGAGCCCGGCCGGGCCCCCCGGGCAGCGCCCCUUUGUCUACGGAGGAGGCGAGGCGGGGGCGCUGAGGAGCGGAGCCGCCGCCCCGCACCCUGCCAGAGCGGCAGGAUGGCCGAGAAGGGCAUGGACCCCGCCUGCGUCUCCAUCGCCCUGGAGGACACGGUGUGCCACGCCGGCCCUCCCGACGCGCCGCUGCUCACCACGCACCUGAAGAAGGUGGAGAACCACAUCACCGAGGCGCAGAGGUUCUCCCACCUCCCCAAGCGCUCGGCUGUCAACAUCGAGUUCAUCGACCUGUCCUACUCCGUGCGGGAGGGAUCCUGGUGGAGGAAGAGAGGGUACAAGACCCUCCUGAAAUGCCUGUCGGGGAAGUUCUGCCAGCAGGAGCUCAUUGGGAUCAUGGGCCCCUCAGGAGCUGGGAAAUCCACGCUCAUGAACAUCCUGGCUGGCUACAGGGAGACUGGCAUGAAGGGGCAGAUCCUGGUGAACGGGCGGCCGCGGGACCUGCGCACCUUCCGCAAGAUGUCCUGCUACAUCAUGCAGGAUGACAUGCUGCUGCCACACCUCACCGUGCUCGAGGCCAUGAUGGUCUCUGCCAACCUGAAGCUGAGUGAGAAGCAGGAGGUGAAGAAGGAGCUGGUGAACGAGAUCCUGACGGCCCUGGGGCUGCUGGAGUGCUCCUACACCCGCACCAGCUGCCUGUCGGGGGGACAGCGCAAGCGCCUGGCCAUCGCCCUGGAGCUGGUCAACAACCCGCCCGUCAUGUUCUUCGAUGAGCCCACCAGCGGGCUGGACAGCGCCUCCUGCUUCCAGGUGGUGUCCCUGAUGCGCUCCCUGGCUCAGGGCGGGCGCACCAUCAUCUGCACCAUCCACCAGCCCAGCGCCAAGCUCUUCGAGAUGUUCGACAAGCUCUACAUCCUGAGCCAGGGCCAGUGCAUCUUCAAGGGCGUCGUGACCAACCUCAUCCCCUACCUGAAGGGCCUCGGCCUCCACUGCCCCACGUACCACAACCCCGCUGACUUCAUCAUCGAGGUGGCCUCAGGGGAGUACGGGGACCUCAACCCCGUCCUGUUCCGCGCCGUCCAGAACGGGAUGUGCACCAUGGCCGAGAAGAAGAGCAGCCCUGACAAGGCAGAUUCGUCGUGCCCCACGUGCGGGACGGACGUGGAUCACAUCGAGAGCCACACGUUCGCCACCAGCGCCACAACUCAGUUCUGCAUCCUCUUCAAGAGAACCUUCAUCUGCAUCCUGCGGGACACGGUGCUGACCCACCUGCGGUUCAUGUCCCACAUCUGCAUCGGGGUGCUCAUCGGGCUGCUCUACCUGCACAUCGGCAACGACGCGGGCAAGGUCUUCAACAACACCGGCUUCCUCUUCUUCUCCAUGCUCUUCCUCAUGUUCGCUGCCCUCAUGCCCACCAUCCUCACCUUCCCCCAGGAGAUGACCGUGUUCCUGAGGGAGCACCUCAACUACUGGUACAGCCUCAAAGCCUAUUACCUGGCAAAGACCAUGGCAGACGUGCCCUUCCAGGUGAUCUGCCCCAUCGCCUACUGCAGCAUCGUGUACUGGAUGACGGGCCAGCCCCCCGAGGCCACGCGCUUCCUGCUCUUCUCCGCCCUGGCCACCGCCACCGCCCUGGUGGCCCAGUCCCUGGGGCUGCUCAUCGGAGCUGCUUCCACUUCCCUGCAGGUGGCCACCUUUGUGGGACCUGUCACUGCCAUCCCCGUGCUGCUCUUCUCGGGCUUCUUCGUCAGCUUCAAGACCAUCCCCACCUACCUGCAGUGGAGCUCCUACGUCUCCUACGUCAGGUAUGGCUUCGAGGGGGUCAUCCUCACCAUCUACGCCAUGGAGCGCGAGGACCUGGAGUGCCUCGAGGACUUCUGCCCUUUCCAAAAGCCCAUCAAGAUCCUGCAGGAGCUGGACGUGGAGGAGGCCAAGCUCUACCUGGACUUCCUCAUCCUGGGCAUCUUCUUCAUCAUCCUGCGGCUCCUGGCUUACCUGGUGCUCAGGUACAAGGUCAAAUCUGAGAGAUAA